AAUCACAAUUUAAAAAUAAAAAUAAUAGAAAAAUUAUAGAUCCAUCUAUCUAUGAUGAAAUCACCAUUGAUAAUUUAGAAAAAGAUUCCAAUCUAUCUAUUACAAAAGAUGGUACAAUUAACGUUGCUG